AUGAAAUACCUGCGCGAAGAUAUCCAGCAGCUGUGGCAGGGACAGGAUCCUCUUGUUACGGCAUUUGCUUUGCAGGGCGAGGUCUUCCGGGAUGUGCCUGGACGUCGCACGCUGCGUGUCGUGCUGAACGACAGAGCCUACUUCGUUAAACUGCACUAUGGUGUUGGUUGGUCUGAGGUGAUCAAAAACUGGCUGCAGUUCAAGUGGCCGGUAAUUGGCGCAACCAAUGAAUUUGAUGUGUGUAAGGCUCUGCUGGAAGAACAGAUUCGCGCGCCCGCGCCGGCUGCGUUUGCGGUGUCUUCAGGUAGUAUUGCAUCACGGCGCUCUUUUGUGUUGUGUGACGAGCUGGCGGGUUUCACCAGCCUUGAAGACAUCACCGACACCUGGCCGGAUAAUCCGCCAAGCCCCAUUGAGCGCCAACGGUAUUUGUAUGCGGUUGCGCUAUUUGCACGUCGCUUCCACCAGGCAGGGUUUAUUCAUCGAGAUUUCUAUAUAUGCCAUCUGCUUUCCGACGAUGCUGUUCGUACAGGGGGUUCGGUUUCACUUGCCGUGUUAGACCUGCAUCGCGCACGGCGUUUCAACAAAGUGCCUUUUCGGUGGUUGAAAAGAGACCUUGCAGCGUUGCUGUUUUCCAGCUUAGACCUGGGCUUCAGCGAGCGGGACUGGCUGCGUUUCAUUGCCCUGUACAGCGGUAAGCCUGCUUCCGUUGCGUUGCGCGAAGAUGCUGCCCUUUGGCGGGCGGUGCGCCGACGCGCGAACAAGCUGUACACCGAAGGGUUGCGUAAAGGCAUUGUGAAAGGUCGCGAGCUGGUUGCGCCAUUUGUCGUGGACGUCUGUCUUGAUCCCGAUGAAAACCUUGUCGACCAGACCACCACAGAAUUGAACUUUACCGACGUCGCUCGCGUGCUGCCUGGGCGCCGGGUCAGUGGUCUGGCAACCCAUGCCGGUGAGGUUGUGUUUGCCAAAGUGUUUUACGGCCCGAAUGCACGCCGCUACUGGCAGCGCGAACUCCUCGGUGCCCGCCGCCUGCAUGCUGCGGAGGUGAAUACACCCCAGGUGCUGGCAACAGGUGCCUGUGCUGAUGGUGAUGGAUUUGUUGUGCUGUUUGAGCCGCUGCACGAUCCGCACAAUUUAUCUGAUGGUGACCUGGAGGAUAUGCUGGCGGCGGUGCAGCUGCUGGCAGAUAUGCAUGACGCCAGUCUGGUUCAGACUGACGUGCACAUCUUUAAUUUUCUGCGCUAUGAAGGGCGAUACUUUGCUGUCGAUACCGACGGUAUUCGACGCGCACAUCUGCUGCGCCAGCACUUUGCCAACCUGGCGAUGUUGUUAGCACAACGGGCGCCUGUCGCAGAUGUUGAUAUUGAUGAGGUUUGGGCAGCCUAUAGCGCCGCGCGCGGUGCCUAUGUCAGUCGCAUGGGAUCAGCCGCACAGUUACGUAAGCUCACGGCCAAAGCACGGCAACAGAGGGUGCGCCGGUAUCUUAAAAAAACCCAGCGGCAAUGUUCAGAAUUUGUCCGGCAAUCAAAUUUCCGUUUUAACUUUCUGUGUGAUCGUGACCAAUUUGCGCGGCUGCAGCGCUUCAUGCUGUUUCCUGAAUCGUUUGUCGGUGAUGGCACGCCACUUAAAUUAGGUAACAGUUCCACAGUUGUGCGCAUGCAUAUCGACGGUGUGCCCUACAUUGUUAAGCGUUACAACAUCAAAGGCCUGAUGCAUCGAAUACGCCGCUGGUUUAAACGGCGCGCCCGGCAUGCCUGGUUAAACGGUCACCUGCUCGCCUUCCUCAAGAUUGCCACCGCAAAACCGGUUGCCCUGCUGGAGUUGCGCUGGGGCUGGUUUAAUAGCGUCUGCUAUCUUGUUAUGCCGGAUUGCGGCGAGCGUAACCUCGGCCAGACGCUGGCCAAUCGCCCGCAAGACUUUGCACAACUCGCUGCGCCAACUGUGGCAUUGCUGCAGGGGCUGAAAGCUGCGAAUCUGCAGCACGGUGACCUGAAAGCCACCAAUUUUGUGAUUGAUGAAUCCACCGUGCGCUUGAUCGACUAUGACGCUGUGCAAUCUGGUGACAAUGCACGUGACAUACGCCGCUUCCUGGCAAACUGGGAGGAUCAGCCUGCGCUGCGGGCGCAAUGGCACGAUGCCUCCGCGGCGCUGGUGAUCGAUGGUGAGACGAUUGCUGCUGCUGAAGAAGAACGCUUCACCCGCGACAAACAUGCAAAAAAUCAGUGGCCGGAGCAGGCGGCACGCUAUUGUCUGGCGCAGGCUGGGGUGAGGGCAGAAGAUGUCGAUUGUGUGGCUUUUCCCUACGCCCCAAUAAGCCUGUUCAGAAAAGCCCGAUGGGUCUACGCGGCACGCUACUGGUAUGCGCCGGACCGAGCCCUGGAUGCACUGCUCAAUGGCAAUCGUCGAUUUCGUAGUCACCGGCGUGACAUUUUAUCUCUAGGUGAACGGCUCGGCAUUAACUGGGACAAGACACGGUUUGUGCCUGUGGAACAUCAUCUUUCCCACGCCUCGAGUGCGUAUCAUCUUUCAGGAUUGGAAGGUAAGACCGCAAUUCUGGGUGUGGAUGGCAAAGGUGAAUAUGCCACGACCUUUUUCGGUUAUGGUGAAAACGGUCAGAUACACACCUUAAAAGAAUUUUAUGAUCCGGAUUCACUGGGCGGCGUUUACGGUGCACUCACCGAAUACCUUGGCUUUGAAAUGCUGGAUGGCGAAUACAAAGUCAUGGGGAUGGCCCCUUAUGGUGAUCCCGACAAAUAUGAUUUAUCGCGUUUGAUACAGCCCAGCGGCGAUGGUUUCAGAGCCAACACCAGAUAUGUCAAUGUGGUUGGACUGCGGCGCCAUAAAGAUCAGGGCCAGGCUUUCUACUUCAGCGAUGCGCUUGUUGAUUGGCUGGGUCCGCGUCGUCGCAACGAUGAUGCAGAUGAACCUUACGUGCACUAUGCGGCAGCGAUGCAGCGGCUCUAUGAAGACUGGGUGAUCAGGUUAACUCAACGUUACCUGGGUGAUGUGUUGGACGAAACGCGACAGCUGGUGUUUGCUGGUGGCGGCGCACUCAAUGUGAAGCUCAAUCAGCGUCUGCUUGGUGAGGCGAACAUUGAUCACCUGUAUGUGCAGCCGGCGUCGGGCGAUUCAGGCACCGCCUUAGGGGCCGCUACUUUUGUAGCAAACCAGCAGGGUGAUCGAAUUGCGCCCCUUCAACACGUUUAUCUGGGUCCGUCUUUUGACGGGGACGCGUGCCUUGCUGCGUUACAGAAGCGUUCGGAAACCUGUCACUGGCAGCGUAUGGACAACCCGGUAAGCGCGGCGGCUGACAUCUUAACCGAUGGGCACCCGCUGGCCUGGUUUCAGGGUCGGAUGGAAUUUGGCCCCCGCGCCCUGGGUGGUCGCAGCAUUCUGGGGUGUCCCAGCACCCCUGGUAUCGCAGAUAAAAUAAAUGCGCAGAUCAAGUUCAGGGAGCGAUGGCGGCCGUUCUGCCCCAGCGUUUUACCUGAGGUGGCGGCGGAACUUAUUCAGCCGCCGCAUCCUGCGCCUUACAUGACUAUGACCUUUGAUGUUGCGCCGGCCUGGCGUGAGCGGAUCCCUGAAGUGGUUCACGAGGAUGGCACGGCGCGGGUGCAGGUUGUCGAUGAGCAGGCCCACCCUCGCUAUCAUCAGCUUUUGCAGAUGAUGCAGGAAAGUACCGGCAAUGGUGUGUUGCUCAAUACGUCCUUAAACCGGCGUGGUGAACCGAUGGUGUGUUCUCCGGAUGAUGCGCUGAAUAUGUUUUUUGGCUGUGAUCUGCAGUAUCUGCUGCUGGAAGAUUUCCUGGUCACCAAGGAUGCGCGGUGA